GCAUUUACAACCGUGACAAGCACGAAGGAAGAUCCACGGCUUGCCGCACGAGGAGGCUGCACGUGGAAUUCGAGUUGAAACUGACAUCACGUUCUCAAUCUGCACGAGGCUAGGUACUAGAAGUGAAACGUGUUACACGUGCGAUCCGAGCUCCCGCUCACAUCAAGUGCUGCACGAGCUACUGCAAGUGACAUAACUUGCUGUCUCAAGUUCGUUUCAGAUUUCCCUCACUGAACUUCGAAUAACCUGAACUUGCUGUUUUCGUUCGAAUUUUCCUCCUGGAAAUUUGUGGAUAGGACUCCUUGUAACUGAAAUACCUCAAACCACAGACCAUACCAAACAGUGACGUCGUCAAAGACAAGAGGAUGGAUAUGGAACAACACAUUUCCAGGAGAAUUGGCGUCAUCGGAACAGGCACCUACGGCAGAGCUCUUGCCAAACGAUUGGUCCACUCUGGGUAUGACGCCAUCAUCGGCAGCAGAAAACCAGCGUGCCGGAUAUUGUCGGAAUAUGACGAAUGCCUUUGUGACGUUCAGCUCACCACAAUCACAGAAUGUGUGACUCUGUGUGAGGUGGUCUUCGUGGCUCUUCACUCAGAACAUUUCGCAGACACACUGUCACCUCUCACAGAAAUAUUCACCGACAAAAUAACCAUCGACGUGUCAAACAGAGACAGUCCUUCCAACAAGACAUCCAACGCGGAGCUCCUUCAGUCUCUGUUGCCAACAGCAAUCGUCGUCAAGGCCUUCAACACCACCUCUGCCUCCGUCAUGGACAACUACAUCGCCGGCGGAAGAAGAAAGAUUUUCAUUGCCAGCAAUGACGUCAUUGCACGAGACAGAGUGAGUAACCUUGCACGUGACAUGGGCUUUGGGCCAGUUGACCUCGGCGAGUUGACGUCAUCGCGGAGAAUGGAGACGUACGUCACGCGUCUGUUCCCUGAAUGGAAAAUGCCAGUGCUUGUUACCUGUGUCAUAUUCGGUAUUUGGUGUCUGUACACAAUAUAUGAUUAUUAUAUUGUGUACACGUACAGUUAUGAUCAAUUAUUUUUGACAGUUCUCAACAUGCCCAUCUGUACGACGGCCAUUACACUAAUGGCCUUGAUCUACAUGCCCGGAUGUUUAGCUGCCUUCAUGCAAAUGACGUACGGGACAAAACACAAACCGUUCCCGAAAUGGAUGGAUGCCUGGUUGAAGUCAAGAAAACAGCUUGGACUUCUUUGUUUCAUCUUGAUAUUGGCCCAUGUUCUAAUGUCAAUCAUGCUGAUUUCACCGGCAAAUUACGGCUCGUGGUUUCAUUCAACCGCCAUCACAAUACCAGCGAAUCUUACACACGACCUUCACCUUCCUAUGAAGACAGUGAUGAUAUGGAAGGGCGAGGCCGCUAGUCUUGCCGGUAUCGUGGCGUUCAUCCUGCUCUGUCUCCUAGCAACCACCACGCUGCCAUCAGUCAGUGAUUCUUUGAACUGGCGGGAGUGGCGGUUCAUCCAGUCAUCACUGGGGUUUACAAUGUUGUGUAUGUCAGCAGGUCACGUGUUGAUCAUGGGUAUUCCUGGUUGGAUGGACGCGGGAUUUCCAAAAGUGUUGACAUUUUUCAGCUUCCUGAGUUUAAUACUUCCGGCCUCUGUUGUUCUUAUGAAACUGAUACUCUUCCUACCAUGUGUUGAUAGAUAUGUGUCCAAAAUACGGAAAGGAUGGGAACGAAAUACGCGAAGACUCCAUACCAACACAGGAUCGACGGAUGAACGACAUUGUGAGGAUGGCAUGUGACGUAAGAAGCACAUCGUCACUACUUUCCCCUUUCCGUAAUCAGACAGAAGUGAGUGAGUGAGUUGGGUUUAACGCCGCUUUUAACAGUAUUCCAGUUAUAUCACGUCUGGGUCUAACCAAUGGUUAGUGUGGUUGUUAUUGUGUUAGAGUAGCUACUGGCAAUACUGUACGUUAUUGGUGCUUUUUUUCUAUUCUAGGGUCAGUCUGAUGGUGGUGGUGAAAUGGGUUUAACGUCGCGUACAAGAUUAUUGCACGUAUAUACCGAC